UGCAAUGAUGGCGGGAACAGAAGACAACAUGAGUGAUUUUGUUCGAAAGUUGUUUGCUGGGAAAGCGAACAUCGAAAGUCUGACCACACAGCAGCUACGUGAACAGUACAUGCAGCAUGCCGGCCUCACAGAAAUGACCGCUAACCAACGGACGUGUUUCAAGGAAAUCGCUUGUAAAGAAUUCACAAGAGCUAAUGAUAGUCUUAAUGAGCAGAAUGAGUCGGAACGGGAGAACAGUCCUAAUAAACAGAACCAAAACCGAUUCCGUGACCGCGAGAUGAAGACCAUUGCUUACAAAAAUGCUUCUAAGAAACCAGAAGAAGAAAAUACCGCAUUUCAGGCAAAGAGACCCAGAGAAGACGACAGCGAUGGGGCAACAAAUCUCACUAAGAGGAAGAAGGUGAUGAACCAGUCGGACAGUUGCCAUGGCGAUGAUAGCGAGGAUGAAUCCAGUGAAGAUGGAAAGCGAACAUCACAAAAGCAGGCUGAGCCCACAGUUGUGCUCGAAGACGUUUUAAAAAUCCGCUCCCCCAUCAGAAAAGGUGCCAUUACGAAGACUGCCUCCAAGAAAGAGAAAGAGAGGAAGGCUGAUCAUACGGAGAUGGAGGCAGCCGAGAAGAGAGCACGUCAGCGACUGUCUAUAUCCCUUGAAGAUGCUGUGGAACAAGUCACACAGUCGGGCAGUGAUGCCGAGGUUGAAUGUUCUCAUGAUGACAAAGGGAGCAACAGUGAAGAUGGCUCAGCAAAAGCAUGGAAGGACGAGGAGAUCGCUAGUGAUUCUGGCCCCGAUUCAAAUGCAGCAACACCGGCUAUGUUGCCUAAGGGAAAACAACAAGGAAAGAAGGGACAGGUUGUUUCGAACUCGGAAUCAAGUUCAGAUGAUGAGGUGUUAUCUAGCAAGAAGAAUCCAGGAAAUAAGAAACAAGAAGACAUGGAGUCUGGUAGUGGUUCUGGGUCAGAAUCCUUAAAGUCAAAACCGAUCGAACGGCCGGCAAGGAGAGGGAUAGGUAAGAAAGUUAUAGACAGUAAGAAGCAAGUUGACGCUGAUUCGGAUGAUCAAGUGUUAGCUAGCAAGAAGAAAACAAGAAGUAAGAAACAGGUUAAAGUGCAAUCCAACAGUAAUUCUGAGUCAGAAACUCCAAAGUCGAGUCCGGUUAAGCAGCAAGCAAGAAAGAGACAAAUCAAAAAAAUGACAGCCAGUAAAGAGCGAACUGACUCUGACUCAGAUGAUGAAGUAUUAGCCAGCAAGAAGAAGGCGGGAAAUAAGAAACAAGCAGAAAUGGAACCUGACAGCGAUUACGAACCGGAAGCCUCAAAGUUAAAACCGAAAAAGCGGCAAGGAGAGAAAGUGAAAAGCAAGAAGGUUAUGACCAAGAAAAACGAAACUGACUCUGACUCAGAUGAUGAAGUAUUAGCCAAGAAGAAGGCUGGAAAUAAGAAACAGGAAGAAUUGGAAUCUGAAAGCGAUUCCGAAUCGGAAACUCCAAAGUCAAGUCCAGUUAAGCAGCAAGCAAGAAAGAGACAAAUCAAAAAAAUGACAGCCAGUAAAGAGCAAACUGACUCAGACUCAGAUGAUGAAGUAUUAGCCAAGAAGAAGGCAGGAAAUAAUAAACAAACAGAAAUGAAUUCUGAUAGUGAUUCCGAAUCGGAAACUCCAAAGUUAAAGCUGAAUAAGCAGCAAGGAGAGAAAGUGAAAAGCAAGAAGGUUAUGACCAAGAAAAACCAAACUGACUCUGACUCAGAUGAUGAAGUAUUAGCCAAGAAGAAGGCUGGAAAUAAGAAACGGGAAGAAUUGGAAUCUGAAAGCGAUUCCGAAUCGGAAACUCCAAAGUCAAGUCCAGUUAAGCAGCAAGCAAGAAAGAGACAAAUCAAGAAAAUGACAGCCAGUAAAGAGCAAACUGACUCUGACUCAGAUGAUGAAGUAUUAGCCAGCAAGAAGAAGGCGGGAAAUAAGAAACAAGCAGAAAUGGAACCUGACAGCGAUUACGAACCGGAAGCCUCAAAGUUAAAACCGAAAAAGCGGCAAGGAGAGAAAGUGAAAAGCAAGAAGGUUAUGACCAAGAAAAACCAAACUGACUCUGACUCAGAUGAUGAAGUAUUAGCCAAGAAGAAGGCUGGAAAUAAGAAACGGGAAGAAUUGGAACCUGAAAGCGAUUCUGAGUCGGAAACUUCAAAGUUAAAACCGAGAAAGCAGCAAAGAGAGAAAGUGAAAAGCAAGAAGGUUAUGGCCAAGGAGAACAAAGCUGACUCAGAUUCAGAUGAUGAAGUAUUAGCCAGCAUAAAGAAGGCGGGAAAUAAGAAACAAACAGAAAUGGAAUCUGAAAGCGUUUCCGAACCGGAAACUCCAAAGUUAAAACCGAAGAAGCGGCAAGGAGAGAAACUGAAAAGCAAGAAGGUUAGGGCCAGAAAGAACCAAACUAACUCAGAUUCAGAUGAUGAAGUAUUAGCCAGCAUAAAGAAGGCGGGAAAUAAGGAACAAAAAGAAUUGGAAGCUGGCGACGAUUCCAAUUCAGAAGUGAGUGAGAAGGAGAGCACGGAAGGACAUAAUUCAGAAUCUGAUGGAGAACAGCAUACCUUGCUUGCUAAAGAGAAAGAAGAAAAUGCCGGGGAAAAAAUUUCGGAUUCUUCUGAUAGCACUGAUAGUGACACAGACAUUGAAACAAAUCCGACGAAAAGUUCAGCAGAGAAGACCUCAGGGGCAAAAAAGAGAAAGUUAUCAGACUCCAAGGCAAAGAGGAAAAAUUCCUCGUCUCUCGCCGGAGGAGAAGGCAUCGCGACGAGGAGGCUAGGAGUGGACGGGGCGGCGGCGAGUCUCUGCGCUGGCUGA